CUCCCAUAAACAACACUAAUUACCAACUGCGCUUCUCACCAUUGUCAUCGAGCUCCGGAUUGCCAGUCCUAUCUGGCCAAUUCUCCGCAGACUCAAACCUCCAAACAAGCAGGAGCGAGGUUAUGAGCCGUCAUGCGAUGGCCGCCAUGGGCUUCCGACUCGCAAGCCCAGCAACAAACCGCGAAAGACUCAUCCGAACACGAUGAAAGACAAGCCGCUGCGAAAUCCACCACAGCCUCAAAAAAGAAGGACUGGGAGUCCUCGGUAACAGCGAUAGACUGGGCUGCCUUUACAGAAGCCAGAACGAUCAUCCCAACCCUGAUUCUGACGAGCGGUUUCCUGGGCGCAUUCUACAUCCAUCGCCGCUAUCUGCGCCGGUUCCCCGACGCAGUGAGCAUCACGCCGUCGUAUUUCCGUCGCAGGAGUCUGCUGGGCCAGGUCACGAGUGUUGGCGAUGGGGAUAACUUUCGGAUAUAUCACACACCUGGCGGAAGACUUGCGGGGUGGGGAUGGCUGCCGUGGAAGAAGAUUCCGACGUCGAAGAAGGAAUUGAGAGAUAAGACGGUCCACAUUCGUCUAGCUGGGAUCGACGCCCCCGAGCUCGCACAUUUUGGCCGUCCCGAACAGCCGUUCGCCCGCGAAGCACACCAAUGGCUUACCUCGUAUCUUCUCGGCCAUCGAGUCCGCGCCUACAUCCAUCGUCCGGACCAGUAUCAGCGUGCGGUCGCUAGUGUCUACGUGCGCCGGCUUCUGGACUUUCCGCCCUUUCGUCGUCGGGACGUGUCGUACGAGAUGCUGAAGCGGGGGCUCGCGACUGUAUACGAAGCGAAAAUGGGUGCGGAGUUCGGUGGUGAGGCCAUGGAGCGUAAGUAUAAGAAGGCGGAGUGGUGGGCGAAGCUGAGGGUGUUGGGCUGUGGAAAGACUAUCGCCGCAAUAAGACAGACUGGGAGAGUCCCAGAGAGUACAAGACGCGUAUGGGACUGGAGGAGGCUGCGCAGCCCCGGGUUGAAACUAAGAAAUGAGGCAAGGCCAGGGAUAUGAACUCAGGGUGAUUUUGGUGUCUAUAGCCUGCUGUCACGACGUUACGCUUGAUAUCCUUUGCCUUUCAUGUAUGAUGUUGAUAUCCUGGAAAGCUUCGUGUGCAUAAAUUUCGUCACGGGCUUUGAUAGGUUAGGAGACUAUAUAUCUGUCACGUAGAUGUAGCCUGUGUUUGCAUGGAGUCAAACAUUUAAUCCCGAC